AUGAAGGAUUUGAUUGGCUGAGCCGUGGAAAUGGUGGCUGUGGCCGAGUGGGCGGCAGGAAAGCUGCUGUAGAGUCUGACUGGCUUUUACCGCCUUCGGCUCUCGAAUUCAGCCUAGCGCUCUGAAGCUGAAGAAGUUUUCGCAUCUGAUUCUGCUCCGCUCCUAGAGUGUCGCACACUCUCGGCCGGUUGCUGCUGUUGAAGCCCACCUUAAGGGUAUGGCUGGGAUGGAGAGUCCGAGCCUGGGAGACUGCGGAGCUGCUCCCUCGGUCACGUCCAGUGAGCGCUUAGCCGCAGACCCGCACUGUGACCUCCGCCAGGAAGAUGGUGCUCUGGGAUUGGAAAGCAUGGGAGAAAAUGAGAAACAAGUAAUGAUAAAAAGCAGCAAUGAGUGUAAUCUCCUGCUGCAAGAAUCCAUUGCUUCUGCUCAGACUAGUGAUACUACUAUGACAGAAUGCCAUAAGUCUGUCCCAUGCGGAUGGGAAAGAGUUGUGAAGCAGAGGUUAUCAGGGAAAACAGCAGGAAGAUAUGAUGUAUAUUUUAUCAGCCCACAAGGACUGAAGUUUAGAUCCAAAAGUUCACUUGUUAAGUAUCUUCACAAAAAUGAAGAAACUUCUCUUACGCCAGAAGAUUUUGAUUUUACCGUACUUUCUAAAAAAGGCAUCAAGUCGAGAUAUAAGAACCGCAACGUAGCACCUCUGACAUCCCAAAUGCAAAGUGAAAGUAAUAGUUCAAACCGGAACCUCAGGACACGAAGCUGGUGGAAAAAAGAUGUCUUUCCUCUACCAAGCAGUUGUCUGGAAUUGCAAAGUAGCAAAGGACUAUCUAACUUUAAAGAUAAGGGUGUUACUGACAUGGACUCCAGAAAGGUUAGAAAGUCCAAAGAAAAGGUGCCUAUUUUGAAAGGAAUUCAAAUUAAGAGAAAUAAAACAAGGUGCCAGAAGGGUCUUCCAGAUUCUGCUCAAAGUAAUAAGAAAAGAAAAUCUGAGUAUAAAAAGGCAGAUGAUGAAAGUGAACCUGUUGUGCAAGAAAGUCAGCUUGAUAAAACACUCUCCAUUGAUGCUGGAACAAGCAACAAGACCCUCAGUGCAACCAGUGAAGAAAAGAAACUUGUAAAAGAACAAUCAUUGAGUUUGGUAUCAAAUUUUUGUUCUGAACAAAUAACUUCUGGCAUCAUAAACAAAUUAUGUUCAACUGAAGAAGCAGAACACAGCAAGAAAUGUGAGGAAACCUUUUUAGAAUCUGAGGAAAUAAAAUCAAAAGUACAAGUUGGGGAAAGGAAGGAACAUUUGCAUACAGACAUUUUAAAAUGUGGCUCUGAAAUGGACAACAACUGCUCACAAACCGAGAAAGACUCUGUGGAAAUGUGUCAAGAAGAUACCAUUCCACGGACACAAAUAGAAAAAAGGAAGACAAGCCUGUAUUUUUCCAGCAAAUAUAACAGAGAAGCUCUUAGUCCCCCUCGACGCAAAGCCUUUAAGAAGUGGACCCCUCCCCGGUCACCUUUUAAUCUUGUCCAAGAGACACUUUUCCACGAUCCAUGGAAGCUCCUCAUUGCUACCAUAUUUCUCAACCGGACCUCAGGCAAAAUGGCAAUCCCUGUGCUCUGGGAGUUUCUAGAGAAGUACCCUUCGGCUGAGGUAGCAAGAACCGCAGACUGGAGAGAUGUGUCAGAACUUCUUAAACCUCUUGGUCUCUAUGAUCUUCGAGCAAAAACCAUUAUCAAGUUCUCAGAUGAAUAUCUGACAAAGCAGUGGAGGUAUCCAAUUGAGCUUCAUGGGAUUGGCAAAUAUGGCAAUGACUCUUACCGAAUUUUUUGCGUCAAUGAGUGGAAGCAGGUACACCCUGAAGACCAUAAGUUAAAUAAAUAUCAUGACUGGCUUUGGGAAAAUCAUGAAAAAUUAAGUUUGUCUUAAAAUCUUUUUCAAACUCAUUUUUUUAUACAUUACUUUGCACUUGAUUCCUAAGAGCUCCAUUAAGCACAACCAACUGCCUUUACAGGUAUAUAGAUUUUAAUUAGUCCAACUAGAAAUGCAAUGUAAGUUUUCUUAAUGUGUGUAACACUGGUAGAACUUUGCUACUGAACAUACUAAAAUGUUUUGAGAUUUUUAAAAGUAAGUUGUUACUUGACAAGAAUACUAAAAAUGUAAAUGACUUUUCCAAUAAUAAAAUGUGAUUCGAAGUUGAAAAAAA